AUGGUCUCGCUGUCAAACCUGACGGUCUGCACUGCUGCCAUCAUGCUUGCUGGCGGUAGUGGCGACGCCAAAAAGCACUCAAGUGGCGUCUGCUACGCUCCGUGGUACCAACCCGACGUCAACUGGAAGGUUCUUGCCGACGACAUGAAGCACAUCUCUCAACACUUCUCCAGCAUUCGUACGUACCAAGCGCAGUUCAAUAACGUGAACGCCAUCACCGUGGCAGCUUCAGCUGGCCUUCGCAUCGCAGUUGGCGUGCAACUGACGGAUGUCCGUUGGAUCGACGCCGAGAUCCAAGCUGUUUGCGACGGCUACGCAAAGAGCCCUUGGGCCGUUGAAGCUGUUUACGUCGGCAAUGAAAACCUCAGGAAUGGUAUGUUUGGCACAUACACGGCUCAGCAGCUUGUUGACUACAUUCGCAGAGUCAAAAGCUGCGUAGGUGACACACCAGUGGGCACUUCUCAGCGUAUCACCGAGUGGCUAAGCGCGGAUACUGCCUAUUUGUUGGCCGACGCGUGCGACGUCAUUGGUGUCAACAUCCAUCCGUUCUUCACACCAGGCUCUCAACCUUCCAUUCAGAAGCUGGAGGCUCAAUGGAGCCUAAUGGUGUCAAAAUACGGCUCGAGCAAGGUCCGACUAACGGAGACGGGCUGGCCAUACGCUGGUGAGUCCUACGGGAAUAAAGGAUCUGGUGGCAACGUCCCGUCGACUGAAGGUAUGGCGCAGUACUUUCACGACUAUGUCAACCGGUGGUGCCGCAACAAGAGCCAGGCGUAUUGGUUUAUGAUGUACGACACGGCGGUGAGCUACACGGGUGCGGAGUACGAGACACACUUUGGUCUUUUCGGCAUCGACAAGUCGCCUCACAUCAACAUGCCGUGA